UCUUCGUCAUGUUUAUUCACCACCAUUACUUAUAAUCACCCCCCAAACCCUAAUCUCCCCAAUAUCUUCACAUCUUCCACUUCACACUUCAUUCAACCACAUUCAUCUUCUUCUUCCAAUGGCCACCAAAGCUGUUCACGUUUCCGACGUCCCAAAUCCCCAUACCACAUCAUUCUCACUCUACUCCAAACCAAUUGUUUCCGAGGUCGAGCAUUCGCCGAAAUUUGUAGUGAUCGGUCACAGAGGACACGGGAUGAAUAUGUUGCAGUCUACUGAUCGGAGAAUGAAGGCGUUUAAGGAGAAUUCGAUUCUUUCGUUUAAUAAGGCUGCGAAUCAUUCGGUUGAUUAUAUCGAGUUUGACGUUCAGGUUACUAAAGAUGAUGUACCAAUUAUUUUUCACGAUGACUUUAUUCUUCAUCAAGAACAUGGCGCUAUAUAUGAAAAUAGAGUGACUGAUUUGACAUGUGACGAGGUCUUUAGCUACGGUCCGCAAAGGGAGGCCGGAAGUGUCGGUAAAACUUUGGUCAGGAAAGUGAAUGGAAAUGUCGUCGGGUGGGAUGUCGAAUCGGAUGAUCAGUUGUGUAGUUUGCAAGAAGCAUUUGAGAAAGUAAACCCUAAAGUUGGAUUUAAUGUAGAGUUGAAGUUCGAUGAUAAUGUUGAUUAUAAACAAGAUCAUCUCAUUCAUGUUCUUCAAGUCAUCUUGAAGGUGGUUAAUGAGCAUGCUAAAGAGAGAUCUAUAAUAUUUUCAAGUUUUCAACCCGAUGCGGCUUUACUUAUAAAGAAGCUACAACAAAGAUACCCGGUAUACUUCUUGACAAAUGGAGGAACCGAGUUAUACAAUGAUGUAAGAAGGAAUUCAUUGGAGGAAGCUAAAAGGUUGGCGUUAGAAGGCGGAUUGGAUGGAAUCGUGUCAGAAGUUAAGGGUGUUUUUAGAAAUCCAUCGGCGGCAAGAGAGAUUAAAGAGGCGAAUCUCUCGCUUCUCACAUAUGGCAAAUUGAAUAAUUACCCAGAAACUGUGCAUGUUCAACGUUUAAUGGGUGUAGAUGGAGUUAUUGUUGACUUGGUAGAAGAAAUUACGAUGGCGGUUGAUGAAAUGAAUACGAGAAAGGGUCGUGGUGGCGUUGAGAAGGGCGAAAAUGGUGGCAUUGAGUUGUCGUUUCUACUAAACCUAAUAUCACAAGUGAUACAACAUUGAUAGAAAUGGUUUAUGGCUAUAUGGAUCCGACCCAUAUAUGCGUGUUUUGUAAAUAGGAUUAAGUAUGGAGAUUGUGAGUAAUUGGAUCGGACCCAUAAUGUUUUGGUUAAUAUAAUUAGUAACAUAACGAAUUGGCAUUGCUUCAAAUUGUUCGACACCUUUUAUUUUGGCAUUUUUUUCAUUUAUUUUUGUAUCAGAAAAUAUUAUGGGAAAUUAUGAAUAGUGCGUGUUUGGCUA